AUGUUGUUCAACCAAAUAUCCCUGUUCUUGAUCUACGGUUUAAUGUUCGUAACGAGCCUUCGGGGAGUUGCAUCGGAAGACGCCGAUGCAUUUCCUGAUGCGACUUGGCGUGUAAUCGGUGGUACCGAUGCCGUUGAAGGAACAGCACCGUAUCAGGUUUCGUUACAGCAUAAUGGCAAACAUUUCUGCGGCGGUUCCAUCGUCGGUGACCGGUGGGUGCUAACGGCGGCACAUUGUACCCGAGACCUUCAGGUGGAAAACACCACGAUCCUUGCUGGUACAAACAAUUUAGGAAAGGGUGGCAAAAACUAUACUAUUGAUCGUGUAAUUCCGCAUAGUCGAUUCGGGUACCCGUUGUACGCCAACGAUAUCGCAUUGAUUCGACUGUCCACCCGCGUGACCUACGAUGAGCACGUGAAGCGGAUAGAUUAUUCUGAACAGCACGUGCCGGAAAAUGCCACCGUGACGCUGGUCGGUUGGGGAUACCACAUGUACAAAGAGAACCGGCGAGGACUCUCACCGAUCCUACAAACCAUCGACUUACGCACCUUGACGCUGGACGCCUGCCGCCAGCAGUACAGGGACACCCCGCUGGGCAACUACAUUGACGUUGGUCAUUUGUGCACCUUCACGAUGAAGGGCGAGGGUGCGUGUAAGGGUGAUUCUGGAGGUGCCUUGAUCUGGGAGGGAAAGCAAGUUGCCCUUGUCAAUCUGGGUAUUCCGUGCGCCAGAGGGUAUCCGGAUGUUCAUGCGCGAAUUUCUUACUACCACGAUUGGAUUCGCACGACGAUUGCGAAUAAUAGUGAGGGUGAUGAUCUUUGCUACGUGGUCGUCGAACCGAGUGUAAAGAAACCUAAAAUGUUGAAACUAAUCAUAGUGACGUUGUUGUUGGUUGGCGGAGGAAUGGCAAAUGAAGAUCGUCAGGAGCAUCUUCAAGAGCAAAUUUUUGUAGAACCAUACCACGUGUCGCUACAGGAGAAUGGUAAAGUUAAAUGUUCCGGUAGUAUCGUGGAUAGGCGUUGGAUUCUUACCUCGGCGUUUUGUGUGGAUCGGGUGUCUAUACCGAAUACAACCGUUUCGGUUGGAAGAAGCAACAUAAUUGACUUCGGUGGCAUACCUUAUGCCAUCGAUCGGGCAAUAAAGCAUAGUCGCUUCAGCCAAUCGCGAAAUGUCAACAAUAUCGCAUUGAUUCGGCUCGCGCAACCGUUGGCUUACAAUCGUUUCGUUUCCAACAUCACAUACUACGAUAAAUACGUCCCGGACAACGCUACGCUUACGAUUGUGGUUGGUGAAUUUACGCCCACAUGGAACACCACCAACGUGCGAAACCUACCGGAAGCAGAAUGUUUGGAUCGGUAUAAAUUUCCGUACAUCGAGUUUGGCCACCUGUGCACAGUAUCAGCACAAAAUGUCGGAUCCUGCCAGGGCCGAAAGGGCGGUGCUGUAACAUGGCAAAGAAAAUUAGUGGCUGUUUUCAACAGCCCAUAUGGACCCUGUAGCUCCUUCUAUCAACGCCAGCCAGACGUGCAUGCGCGAGUGUCUUACUACCACGAUUGGAUUCGGACAACGAUGGAGAACAACAGUGACGAGCCAUCAUCAGAUGUUCAUGUUUAA